AUGCACGAGGAUGAUAAGGAGAAAACUUCUUUCAUCAUCGAGAGAGGGACCUACUGCUACAAGGUCAUGCCCUUUGGGCUGAAGAACGCCGGAGCAACCUACCAAAGGCUCGUGAAUAAAAUCUUCAAGGAGCAGAUCGGCAAAACUAUGGAAGUCUACGUGGACGACAUGCUGGUCAAGGCCCUAAAACGUGCAGAUCACCUCAAAAACCUCACCGAGACAUUCAGCCUGCUCUGCCAGUAUCGCAUGAAGUUGAAUCUAAGUAAAUGCACAUUUGGUGUAUCCUCCGGCCGAUUCUUGGGAUACCUAGUUACGCAAAGAGGUAUCGAGGCAUACCCACGUCAAAUCAAAGCCAUUCUCGAGAUGAAGUGCCUUCCACAGUAA